GGUGUCAGUGCCGUCAGGCUCUUUCCUCUCUCCGGACAUUUGCUGCUGUCUUGCUCCAUGGACUGUAAAAUUAAGCUAUGGGAAGUUUAUGGAGACCGGCGCUGUCUGAGAACAUUUAUUGGUCACAGUAAAGCCGUGAGAGACAUUUGCUUCAACACUGCGGGGACACAGUUCCUCAGUGCGGCCUACGACAGGUACCUGAAACUCUGGGACACCGAGACAGGACAGUGUAUAUCAAGAUUUACAAACCGCAAAGUACCCUACUGUGUCAAGUUCAAUCCCGAUGAAGAUAAGCAAAAUCUCUUUGUGGCAGGAAUGUCUGAUAAAAAGAUCGUCCAGUGGGACAUUCGCAGUGGAGAGAUUGUUCAGGAGUACGACCGGCAUCUGGGGGCUGUCAACACGAUUGUCUUUGUUGAUGAAAACCGGAGAUUUGUGAGCACAUCUGAUGAUAAAAGCCUGCGAGUGUGGGAAUGGGACAUCCCUGUGGACUUCAAGUACAUAGCAGAGCCCAGCAUGCACUCCAUGCCCGCAGUGACCUUGUCUCCAAACGGAAAAUGGCUAGCAUGCCAGUCGAUGGAUAACCAAAUCUUAAUUUUUGGAGCACAGAACAGAUUCAGAUUAAAUAAGAAGAAAAUUUUUAAGGGCCACAUGGUAGCAGGCUAUGCUUGUCAGGUAGACUUCUCACCAGACAUGAGCUAUGUGAUUUCAGGAGAUGGAAAUGGGAAAUUAAACAUUUGGGACUGGAAGACCACAAAACUCUACAGUCGCUUUAAAGCCCAUGAUAAAGUGUGCAUAGGUGCAGUGUGGCACCCUCAUGAAACAUCCAAGGUCAUCACGUGUGGUUGGGAUGGCCUCAUUAAGUUGUGGGAUUAAUGGGAUUAGUCCUUUCACUGUCUGGGAUCAUUUUUGAUCCAGUGUCAUAUUUAACUAUUUAAUUAUUAAAAUGUGUUGGAUGACAGCUUGAUUUAUAGGUAAUCUUUUCUUAUAUGGCCUUAUGAAGUUGGCCUGUUGUUUUUAAGAGCUUUGUAAAUUUGCCUCAGAUAAGUUCAAUAGCAGCUUCACUUUGUUCUUUAUAGAUGUUAUUUAUAUGGAGAAUGACAACUGAUUAUAUUUGACAAGUAGUUACUGUUGGCAGGCAGUUGCGUUUGUCCCUAUGAUGUCACUAAAAGGAUCAUUUUGUAGUCAAGAAAAAAAAUGCCUAUUGGAUAUGGGAUCCCAUGGGAAAUGAUGUAGCUAACAACUCAGAAAGGUACCAGACACUCAGCAACCCAACCCGUCCACCGGGACGGCAGGAACAAACGGACACUCAGCAACCCAACCCGUCCACCAGGACAGCAGGAGCAAACGGACACUCAGCAACCCGUCCACCAGGAUGGCAGGAGCAAACGGACACUCAGCAACCCAUCCACCAGGAUGGCAGGAGCAAACGGACACUCAGCAACCCGUCCACCAGGACGGCAGGAGCAAACGGACACUCAGCAACCCGUCCACCGGGACGGCAGGAACAAACAGACACUCAGCAACCCGUCCACCAGGAUGGCAGGAGCAAACGGACACUCAGCAACCCGUCCACCAGGACGGCAGGAACAAAGGCAGAACCACCUUUAAUUCCCGCUCAUUGAAUCAAGUUCUCUUCUUCUUCAAGUUCCAUUAUUUUUUAUGGCCUGUGUUGUUUAUUUUUACUUGUAAAUUAGUGACUUUCAUUGGCUGCUGCUUUCCUCUAACUAUGAAGCAAUGUAAAAUUAAAAGGCAGUCUGCAGUUCCUUUCUUGACUCUUCCUGAUCACCAGAGACAGGACUGUGUAGAAAGUGAGGUUGUCUCUGACGCUGGAGCCACGGCUUUGGAUGUUACGCGCAAUCACUGUCUGGAAGGCCCUCCGCACGCUCAGAAAUCAGGGUCUCAG